CCGAUGGGCUAGUGGCACACAACAUCAUGACAACGCCUUCUUGGCAGCUCCUUUUUGUAGCCCUGGUCUUGCAACUAUUACUGCUCUCUCCCCUCGUCCCCGCCCUCGUUUCCGCAGCACCAGAAGCACUGAUCUCCUCCGAACAGCGUUUGGAAGACCUGGUCGGCGACGCGCCCGAUGCGUUUCGCGAAGAAAAGAAAAACCUGGUCACGGGGGACAACCAAAACAUCGACAUUCACAAAACCUUCGGAAAAAACGUCGAGAAUUUGUACCGAAUGCCCCUGGGCGGCAUGACGAACCUCCACCACCCGACCUCCUGUUCCCGGAAACGGAAUUGCGAGCCUAGAUGGUUUAUCAAUCGCAAAAGUAUCCUCGUACUCGUAUAAAUGCAUCACAAAUUUCAUCUGCAUGAGAACUGGAAUUUGUCAUGCUGUUUCACCUUAAGGACAAGAUUUGUCAUGCAUAAUUGCGAUAUAGUACGAGGAGUGCGAUACUUUUGCACAGGAUAUGGUUGGAAGUCCGGCAGAUGGUGAACAUCUUCCUGGAGCAGCCGUUCAACUCCGACACGCCUGAAAACCGCCAAGCCAUGGAAAAAACGAUCAACGGGAUGAUCGGUAGACGCUGGGACUUAUCCAACUGCGACUGCACCUGUGGCGUCUGUCACACGUUUCUGCAAGAGUGCCCUCUAGGGCAUUUGGUGACAAAAUGGAUGAGCUUUUUCGGCACAACUGCAGCGUUUCGGGCACUGAUUGUGUAUGGGAACGUGCUACACAAAACCGAUUUGAAUGAAAAAAACGGGUUUGUGAAGAGAAUAGGUUCAACAUCAUCGGGUGCCAAUAGCGAUUCGGAAGCCGACUCCGAGCAAGACGCGGCGUCAUCCGACCAGGAAAUAAAUUCUUCAUCCGAUGUCGAUACAUCCAACGAAGACAGGUUAAAGGAGUUCGAUAUCGUGGAGGAUUACGGGAGCAAUAUCCUCUUCAUGAUCCGGGGCAAUUGGGGGAGCUACAAUUUGAUGCAGUCCGGGUGGCCCUUGUACGACAUUCUCCUCCGGUUAUCUCACCAGUAUGCAUCGCAAAAAUGUCUGGGUCUGGAAGGAUGGAACUUGUGAUGCUGUGUUUGGAUUCUAAAAAGAUUUGUAUUGGAUGACCAGCAAGAGGGGUCUAGGUUGUGCUAUGUGGGGAGGGCAUUUGUCAUGUGGACUAGGCAUCAGGAAGCCUUCUUAGAAUCUGUGAUGCUAGCUCAUGCAUUACAGGCAUCGUGGGUCAUGCAAAACAUGCAUGACAAACCUUGCACUCUCUCAGGAGACCCAGACACAUUUACAGUUGAUAACCAGCUGAAACAGGAUAAUUACCCAGUGGAGGACUUCAUCCGGCAAUCGCAGGCGGAGAAAAUCGAUUUUGAAACGUGGAACGCGGUAAACAACGCGGACACGACUCAGAGGCUGAUCAUCGCGGAGCUUGCCCACCGGAACGCGCCGGUGUUGAGAAGGUACGAGAAGCCCACCUGGUUCUGCUGCUUCCCGACCAGCUACGAAAGGGUGCGGCAGGAGAUACACGUAUCCUGUGCACAAGUAUCGUACUCGUAUUACAUUCAUGCAUAUACAAAUCUCUGAUUUAAGGCAAAUCCCCAUUACAAAUUUUAUUUCUAAUGCUGAGGAAAUUUGUAAUGCAUUUGUACGAGUACGAUACAACUUUUGCAAUGCAUGCCACGUUUUGAAGUACAACUUGCGGCUGAUACAGUUUGAGAAAAUCUCGCUGGGCUGGUUUUCUUUUUUAUCCGACGCGUGGGUCAGUCUGGGGUUCGGAGAAUUGUCUGUUGGAAGUAGUAGAACUACUGCAACUAGAAGUGGCGCAGCUACGGUCGUGACAUCUACUGCUGGGAGAACUACUUCUUCCAAAAGAGCAUCCAAACUGCCCUCCUCCGCCACCGACUUAUUAAAACAAGAAGCUAUCAAGCAAUACAAAUCCUUCGAGAACUACGUGCUUCACGCCCGCUCGGAGCUUUCCAGGGAAUUUUUCCUCGACAGCAGCAACUACACGCAAAUCUAUGCAAUGCAAAAGCAUCGUACUAGUACAAAUUGCAUAUACAAAUUUGCCCAGCAUGACAAAUGCAAUUUGUAAUGCUGUUUUACCUUAGGAAGAAGAUUUGUCAUGCAUAUAUGCAAUUAGUACGAGUACGAUACUUUUGCACAGGAUAAAAUCUCCCCGAUCCCGACAUUCUUCGAGCACCACAAGGCGUUGCUGCAGUCGCACCCGUUUGCGAAACGGGUUUUGGACUUGGACCAGUUCACGAUUUUGCGGGAGGAUCCCGUGGAAUUGGACGUGAGUGUCGUGGAGGACGAGGAUGUGACGAGCAAAGGAAGUGGUACAUCUAGCGAUUCGGAUUCAGAACCACCUGCAAUACAACAAUCUGCGGACCACGACCGCGAAAGAAAGACAAUACUCGAGAAGAAUCGUUUCGGCACCUCGGCAGCGCACUUUCACGACAGUCGGGGCGUGGAAUUUCAAGUGUCGCACUUUUCGGAUAUCGGAGGGAAGCUGUGAGCCGGGCGGAUGAUAGGAUGUGCUGCACAGCCUCCGAAAGCCCGAAGACCGAGCGAACGCUCCCUUCUGGUCUUGUGCGGACGCGAGGGUCCGUUAGCUCGUGUUUCAUUUUUUGCCGUUCAAAAUUUUUCGUUUGGGAAAAUUCCGCAUUGCAAAUUUUGCAACCUUUCAAAUUUUGAAUCACGGGCGAAAAUGCCCUCGCGUACCCGAGGGCCUGACUGUCCCUGGGCCGCGGGUCUUUUGGGAACGCGAGGGUCCUUUAGCUCGUGUUUCGUUUUUGGUAGCUCGAAGCGUUUUCGUUGGGCGAAAUUGAGCAUUACAAAGUUUGCAACCUUCCAAAUUUUAAAACACGAGCCAAAAUGCCCUCGCGUACCCGAAGGCCUGCCUGGCCCCGGGGCGAGGGGUUUGUGGGGACGCGAGGUUCCGAUCUAUCCUGAUUCGAUUUUGCUAAAUCAAAAAUUUGUCGCUUGGGCACGACGGACACACAGAUUGCAGUUCUAAACCCUACUUCCACAUAACUCACACUUUCCCUCCGCAUUUCCCACGGCCCGAGAAUUGUGCACGAGCCAGGCAACGUGAUCUGGCGCUUGAACCUCGCGCACGACAAACAGAAACUGCCCGGCUUCGUUAUAACCUGCUCAGCUGUUACAAUCUCAAAUCGAUUACCAUAGAAUCUGGAAAUCUGUGAUGCAAGAAGUGAACGAUCUACCCUACUCUCAUAGGAUUGCGCAUGACAAACUCCGGAGCCCCAAACCCCACUGCAAUGUGGCAAAAUUUGUAUUGCAGAAUGUGGAACGCUAUGCGAGACUGUCAUGCUCAUCAUGCAAGACAAAUGUCAGACUCUAUUGUAACGCUUGUGGUUGUGAUUGUACCACCUGAGCGGGUCAUAUUCGUUGACGCGGGGAAAUUAAUCCGGGAGAACAAGUUGACGAGCAAGUUUUUUGAUUCGCAUUUUGCAUCAGAAACGACGAGUUCUGAUGCUGAAGUUACCCCUGAAGAAGAUUCCCCGGACCAGAUUACUGGGGAACAAGAAAAGCGGGUGAUCAACCAAGAAUCCUUCAUCUCACCGACACAAUUGAACCGGAUGCAAAACCUAUGCUGAGAAAAAAGUAUUACAGUUACACACUCUGAUGGAAGACAAGCAAGACAGACAACCUCUGUCAUGCAGGAAAUGCUUGCCAGCCUCAUUUUAUUCGUGUUUUCCCUUAUUUAGUCUGCGCAUUUUUACAAGUUUUCUUCGCCAGGCAGAGCAGCUUUGUGAUUCUGAAAUUGCAUACAAAUGUGUGACUGUAGCACUUUUUUCCUGCGAUACUAGCACAUCCGACACGUCACCAAGUACCUCAUGCCGUCCUGCAGCUUGCAGCAAGCGGUCGCUUUAGCUGAGUAUUUGGUUGAGGUAGUGCUACAGGUUAACCUCACCGCCGUGUCGGAUUCUGGCGAUAACAUUUUCCAAAUUCCGGGGACGCCCGAGCCAGAGCAUAUGGAGCACACAACAUCGGGCGCCUUCGACCAGAACAGGGACGAUGCAAACCCCCCUCGCAGCAAGAUCGACAGAACCUACAAGCACGCCUGCCAGAGCGGAUCUUCACAGGGACUGCCAGAGGAAGUUUUAGAAUCUGAAUCCACCACCACUACCCAGCAUUGGACCCACACCCUUUUCAAGAAGUACCACAACGACAAAACGUUCGAGGAAAUCCACAGGAGAACGUACAGUGACUGGCUACGAGAAAAGGUGAAAAUCCCCUCCUGGACAGAACUGAUCAUAAACCGCUUAAACAAGGAACGAGGCGACUUUUGGACCGACAGCGCCGCGACGUUUUCAGAAGAGGAUAUCGAUUGGGCGGGGAAUGGUAGUGUUGAAGAGAGUAAGAACGAGGCGGGGGCACCGGGAGCUGCACCGAAUGCAGUUCCUGUGGCCGUCGACACAACUCCAAAACCGGAUCAUUUCCCUGACAUCAAGUUUGUGUUGCAUGAUGAAGACGCCGUCGAAAGAACUACAGACCCCAAGAACAAACCAACCAUUCUCUUCCGUCUAUCCGAGCAGCAAUUGACCGAUUUGAAACUUCGGUUAGAAGUUUUUCUCCACACAACCCUCACCGACAUCGACAUGCUCCUCCACACCUGGGCGCGGUGGCAGCGGAAGGGGUUCUUCGGCGCGUUGUUGGCUUUACCAGAAGCGAGGCGGUUGUUGAAGGGUCUUUCGAUUAUCCAGCGAAGCUUGAUGCAGGAGUUUUACUGUCGGAAGAAGGACGAAUAUGACGGUGCACAACCCCCCCUCUCCCUCAUUUGUAUAGCAUGAAUGCCGGUUAGUUUUGCAUGACAAACUUGCACUGGAGUGUAGUGCUAUUUGGGUCGCCAGAACUUGUCACGCAAACAGUGCCAAGAGGCAAAGGGCUGGCUGGGUAUUCUGCAUGACAAACGAGGCGGAGGGGGGGGGUUGUGCACUCUCAUAACGAAGACGGGAAAGCAGUCGGGUACCAGGGGGAGUGGAAUGUCGAGGCGAGCGUGAUCAAUCUCAUGUCGGGCGGGUUGGGAUUGGAUUUACGGGAGGAGCAGAAAAGGAUCAAGGAGAAAGUAAAGAACCAAGGUCAAGGCCGAAAUUCUAGAGUGGCAAUGAGUGGUGCCGAUGUCGUAGCUACUUCAUCAACUACCACCACUACUACCACCCAAGUGUUCAUCGAGGGGGGCAUCGUGUAUCGCAAGAAAAAACUGUUUCACUGUGAACUUGUGAUGCAGAGAACGAAGCGCCAAGGUGUUUGUCUUGCUACACCUGCAAGACAUUGGAUUUUGAAGCGUUUUUUCCCUUGGGAAGCGCGCAUGGCAAGUUUUCCGCGUCAUGUGUAGCAAACUUGUGAUGCAGAUAUUGCAAAAUCAUCACAGUGAAACAGUUUUUUCAUGCGAUAUCGUGAAAGGUAUGUUUAAAGACGGCAUCACGACCGUUUUCGCCGACGGCACAAGACAGAAAAUCACGGUGGAUAGGCAACUCCUAUGAAUUGCAAAAGCAAUGCACUCGUAUUACGUGCAGAUAUGCAUGACAAAUCUAAACUUUCUACGUUAUCCAGCAUGACAAACUGCAUUUUUUCUCUUGGAAAAAUUUGUAAAUGCAUUUUAUGCUAGAGCUAGUGUAGUGCGAUGCUUUUGCAAUGCAUAACUCCUGUCCGUCGACAAUUCGAAAAUCUUCGCGAGAAAGGUGUCCAAACGGUUCGCCUUCACUUCGGUGAUGUUUGAUAACAAGGAGGUGGAAACCUACAUCAACGCGCUGAGAACGCUCGCAAGGAGCGUCUACCGAGUGCACAAGGGGAAGUAUCGGUUCAUCAUUUUGUCAAAUGAGAAACUGAGCAAUGAGACGGAGGAAAAAUUGCUGUUUGGGACGCAUCUACGUGAUGGUCGAGGGGCCGCUCAGCAAGCGACGAAACCGCCUAGAGCAGGAGAUGAUGAGCCACCGCAACAACGACCCACAACCACAAGGAAUUCCCUCUCUAGAAGAUCCGGUGACUACAAUUUAGAAGUCCGUCGCGUCCUCGAGUCGGAGUUACCCGUGAAAGCACCAACAUUUGGAAAGUAGGCGUUGCAAAAGUAUCCGUAUCGUACUCGUCGUAGGUGCAGUACCUCUGCAUGACAGAUCUGGUCUGCAGUCUGCUUUUAGCAAUACAAAUGCGAUACUUUUGCAAUGCAUAAAAGAGAGCCCGAGCCGAAUUCUGACGGCAAGAUCGAAUGGUGGUACGAGAGAAAAACCACUCCAACAGCUAUCGUGAGCAAAAACGUGCCCGUCCCAGAGUUGUCAUGCAGAUUUGCAAUGACAGACAACUCCCCAAGAGAUCUGAGUCGAGCACCGCCCGAGAUCUUACUCGGUGAAUAUCUGAAACAGCUAAAAGAUAACUCUUUUUGAAUUUUUGCAGCGCGCGCAAGCUUGCGCUGCCGGGGCGCUUCGCCCUCCCCACGCCCGCGAAAAGUUUUGGAUUUUACCCCGCCCCUUCGGCUUUUUCUUCCAUUGCGUGCAGUGUAGCCUCUGCAGGCGAUUCGUUUUCCCCGCCGCCGGCUCGCGUGCUGGUGUGGGCGCCCUUGGGGUGUUUUCCUUUUUUUUUGUUGCUCGCGUGGCGCGGGUUUCCAUGUCUGAGCUAAGGCGAGCGGCUCCGCGGUGCUUUGUGUUUAAUUUUGCCGGGGCUUUUUGUGCCUUUUUGCUAUUUUAUGGCAGGAGGAACAUGAACAACAGCCCGCCCCUGCAGUUGGCGCCCUUUUGCUCUUUUUCGUGUCGAAAUUUUUGCCGCUGCUCUGUUUUUUCAUUUCUCGUUAGUAAAUAUUGCCCCGCUAAUACAUAGUCUAGCCCGCGGCGCUUGUGCCUGUCCGUGCCUUUUGGUAGCGUGCCUGCCAGCGCAAACGGUCGCGGGCCGUUUUCCGUGUUGCGGCGGCUUUUGCCGUUUUUUUACUAGGUCGAGCAUGUUUGCCGCACUUUUGCACUGGCCCGCGCCGGUCUGUGCACUUCCCGGUCCCCUCCGCGUAUUUUUGUGGGCCAAACCACGCUGCGCCGGUUGUCUGUGUUUUUCGCACUUUGCUUCCAGAGCUAGCGGCGCGACUGUUUCGCGUAAGCGCCCUGCAUUAGUACCGAGCUACGCUCUUCGUCUUCGCUGGUUUUCCAUGUAAUGCAAUCCCGGAGGCCGGUGCGGCUUGUCAGCCAGCGGCCUGUUUCUUGGUGUGGGCAUUUUUCUGAUGCUUCUCGCCUCGCGCGCUGACCGCAUGGCGUUUAUCUUCAUGCCCGGGCGCAGGGGAGUGACGCGGCAGUGCUUUUCGCUUCUUUUCUGCAUUUGUGUGGUUUUGUCUUUGUUAUCCUUUUUGCGCUGCAGCGCCAGACUCGACUUAUCAAGGAAGCACGAGAGGCGCCGCAGUUGCUAAGGUUCUGCGCUAAGAGUGGCGACGUUGUCAAUAUUCUGCCUUCGUCGUCCUUUUUUGGUGUCUUUUCGCUGUUUUUUUGCCGUACUUCGCUCAUUUUGUUGCGUGGUUGUGCCUUUUCGGCGCAUUUUCAUUGUUUGGGCCAGAAAACGAACAAACUGCCUGGGGAUGGUUAUUCUCGCCGCCUUUUUGUUGUAUUUCAUUGGCUCACCCUGUCGCGCUUUUGCGCCUUUUAAGCUGAAGGAAGUUUCUUUGGCGCAUUUCGGUCCUCAGAGCGGCCAAACUGUCUGGAAGUGGCCUGGCGGGUGCGAUACAUAGCGCCACCGCUCUGCGGACUUGCUUCUGCAAAAUCAUUGGCGCGCGCGUUGUUGCGCUUUUGUGUCUUUUUGGAGAAUUUGCAAAGUGUUGCACUUUUUCGCCUACUUCGAUGGCUUUGCGACGUUUUUGCCUUGGCUUGCGUCUUUAUUUGGUGCAUUUGCACACUUUUCGGGCGGACUAAGUGAAGCCCAUGGCCCACAUGUGUCGCAUUUGCGGCUUUUUGACUUAACAAGGCCAGCUCUGCGCUGUUUUUCCUCGCAUUUGGGUCCUUUUGCUGUGUUUUUGUGCUUUCCCGCGAUCGUUUUGCUGUGUUUUUGAACCUUUUUUGCUGAUUUUUGCGGAGUUUGAGCAUUUCCGACGCAUGUCGGGCCUAAAAAAGUCCGCGCCGUCUGCUUUUGGCUUUGCCCGUGAGUCAUUGCCAGCAAACGCGCUGCAGCGCUUUGCAAAAACAUCGGCGCCCGCUUUGUUCUGUUCUUGGCUGGUCGUGGUUAGUGUGCAAAUGGUCGCACUUUCUUGCUUAUUUUGAUGAUUUUCCGACGUUUUUGCCUUAGUUUGCUUUUUUGGGUGCAUGUGUGCACUUUCCAGGCCUAACUAGGUGAAGCCCACGGCCCGAAUGUUGCGCGUUUCUGCCUUUUUGGCUUAACAAGAGCAAUUUUGCUGCAAAAUAAGCCUAAUUCCCACCAAAGAGACGCGCUCUUUCUUGACAAAGAGCGCGAUCUCCUUGCCAUCGGCACGCGGGUCGCUGUGGUUUUGGCCGUUUUUCGCUGGUGUGCAAAGUGUUGCGCUUCUGUGUUUAUUUCGAUGAACUUGCGUCCUUUUCGUCUAAGUUCUCGCUUUUUUGCGCAUCUGCGCAAUUUUUAGGGUUAACUAUGUGGCCCCGCCGUGCGCUUUUCCGGCGUUUUUAUUGUUUUUGACUUAACAAGACCAGUUUUGCACUAAAAUGACCUGAAUUAGCACGAACGCUGUGCAUUUUGACCUUAAGAAAAUUGGAAUUUUUUUUUCUGAUGUGAUGCAUGUUUGCAAUACAAGUUAAAGAAUUUGUACUGCGCAUCUACAUGAGCAGGGACAUUUCCAACCGUGUUUUGGCAACAUUUGUAAUGCCGUAAACAGGAUAAGGAGAAGGGUUUGUGAUGCGACUGUCCUUGCUAAGAACCUGCAUUACUACUACACUAUAAAGACGACCUUGUUAUGCAUGGCUCCCAAAACUGGUGGAUUUGUGUUGCAGAGUUCGCAACGUGAGUACUAUGGGGUGCGGACGUUUUUCCUCAGGAUAACAGCGGUUGGUUUCUAUCGCUGGAAGUUGACCGAGUUCGAGAAAGUGAUCUUCCUGGACGCAGACAUGCUUCUCACCCGGCCGAUUGACGAACUUUUUCAAAUCAACGCGCCCUUGGCAAUUGGCGUCACUCCGUUUGCCACUUUCCGGUUGUUCGCCGACAUGAACCGGUUUCCGUAUUUGAACAUUGGGGUGAUGGUUUUGACUCCCAACGUAUGAACUGCAAAAGCGUCGUACUAGAAUAAAUUGCAUCACAAAUUGGCUCAGCAUUACAAAUGUAAUUCGUAAUGCGGAUUUCCCUUGAUUGCUAGAUUUGUAAUGCAUGGGUGGCUGCGAUUAGUACGAGUACGAUACUUUUGCAGUGCAUACAUCGAGAAGUUUUUCAACCAGCUGAUGUACGCUUUAUCUGAUUUCGGCAAGCAUUCCCCGAUAAUCCGAGAUGAUCGGCUAUCCCAUCUCUUCGAAAAGGGGUUGCAGCAGCCGUGGCUGGACAACUUCCUAGUCCGGAACCAAGUUCGACUCGGUUAUGUCCGCUUCGAGCCCCUCGGGACGGAGGGCGAUGAGGGGGCACGGAGGAGACGGAAGCACUUCUACCACAGCAUGACAGAGUAUGCAGUGCAAAUAUGUCUGGGUCUGAAAGGUUGCAACUUGUGAUGCAGAUCAUGGAAUAGGAAAAAAUUUGUGAUGCAUGAGCGCCAAAAGCUGCCCAUUUCUAUUUCUUACUAGGCAAAUAGAGAUUUUGUCAUGCGGGAUAGGCAUCAAGAGGCCUGCGAAAAACCUGUAAUGCUUUUGCGUGCAUGAGAGACCAGCUGCGUGAUCUUUAAGAUGCAUGACAAACUACUCCUGCACUCAUCUUCCAGAACCAGACACAUUUGCAGUCCAUACAGAAUUGGACUCUACCAGGGAACAGGAUGAAAGCGGAGUGCUGUACGAGCAAGAAUUGCCAGACGGGUUCGUUGCAGAUAGACAGUUGGAGCAGGUGCAGGAGCAAACUCCUGUUUCUAGUAAUGCGGUACAGCAAGAAGUACACCUACCUCCAAAAGGGGACGAAGAUGGUACUACGAGCACCGUAGCAGAAGAAGCUGAUGCUCCAGAAGUGGACGACUCCUCGGACAGUAACCAGAUACCUCUCACUUUCGUCGGCUGCGACGAGCACUUCGCAACGAGAUGGGAGCACGGGGAGUUACUUGGCCGGGGUGCUUUACUGAAGCCGGACACGGUGAUUCUCUCUUUAAAAUCCAACGCGAGCCUCGCCCUCGACGAGAAGAAUCGGCAACAGGCGCAAGCAACACAACAGCCGGUGAACCCAGCGUAUGUCCCUCCCACGGAUGCGAACUCGAUUCAACGGGUCUAUUUCACGACCAAUGGGAAGUCGAUAGAAAACGUCAGGUACGACCUAGACAGGUUGGGAUACAAGGACCAUCUGCUUCUCCCUUACCACUGCGUUUUACCCAUGGAGUACAAUUUUUUCGUCGAAUACAAGACCGGCACGCAGUUGCUAGAUAUGACCUGGAAUGAGUACUAUGGGCCCAUGGAUACAAGCGAAUCGGACAAAGACGAACUGAACACGGAAUUCAAAUACCAGUACCAUUUUAUGCAUUGCAAAAAUAUCAUCCUAAGUAGUAUGAAUUGCAUUACAAAUUUGCUUUAGAAGAAAAACGAAAUCUGUCAUGCGGGAUAGUGUAGAAACGUAGAUUUGUCAUGCGUAACUGCAAUUUUAUACGAUGGCGAUAUUUUUACUUUUGCAAUGCAUACAUUUGAAAAACGAAUUUGCGCCGUUCACGCGGUUUAACGUCACCCGGGAUCUGGUCGCUUUCACGCAGAUGUCUCUCCCGCCGAAAGUGUUACAUUGGGCGGGGGAGAAUAGGAAACCGUGGGAAAGGCCGCACGUGUUGGUCAGGAGUUUAUGACAUGCAGGACAAGUUGCUGAGACAGGCUGGAGUUUGUAAACUAUGCAUCGAGUGCAGUUCUUCCACGAUUGAAACUUAUGUAAGAUCUUCUAGCAGAGGUGGAGGACUUCGACUUUCUAUAUUCUUUGCAUUUUGCCUUCUUCAACGUGAAGGGUAGUAGGUCAACUCGUCUCCAAAAGUGCUCAAGCAUGAUCUUGUGCACCACCAACUGAAUACUUGGCAGAGCGGUGAGAGCAUCACAAACUUCAACCUGAAAAGAACUACUCAACAACGAUUUCCAUUCAUAACGCUUGAUGGACCAAUUGUGGUGGGACGAAUUUGAGGCCAUGGUGGAAGAGAGCAAGUGAAUAAAGAACUUCUACAGGGGAUUUGUAAUGCAUAAGUUAAAACAUAGAUUUGCUUUGUAAUGCAAGAAAGGGAUGAUGAAUUUGUUCAAUGAUGUACCUUUACCACUUUACGUGAUAAAUUCUGCGAUCACGACGGCGAGCUUCUGUAGUACCGCCAUAGGUCGUGGUCGUGCAUGUGUAAUAUUCAAGUUUUCUAAAAAUAGGUUGACAGCUGCACCAGUUCUUCCUCUUGAAAACUGAGACAGCUUUUGCAGAGACACUUCUAUUCGAAAGUCUUCUUGUCACCGCAGCUUGCUGGAAGCUGUGUCGUACCUUGAUGCAGCUUGUCGCUUCGAGGGAGGGCUGCAGCAGCAGGCUUGCGAAAAAGCAAUCAAAACAAGAGAUAGAGUUGUAGAACGCAGGACGAAAUGUCAGAAAUAUGUGAAUCGGAGACUCUGGCUUACUAU